UUACCGCAUUAGAAAUUGGUGACCGAGUGGUUGUGAAGUUAGAUAAGGAUGUUCUCCAACCGCUCCAAAAAAACCAUGGAGGCUGGGUGUCGGGAAUGGAAAAGUUCAUAGGAAAAGUUGGCCGGAUGGCGAGUCUCACGGGAAACGGUGACGUCAGGAUCAAGUACCCAGAUGGAAAAACACUGAUUUUUAACCCUGUUGCGGUCACUAAGCUGCCAUCGUUCAACACCGGGGCCAGAGUGCGUGUAAUGUCUGACCAGGCUGUCGUGAAAGAGCUGCAGAAAGGACAUGGGGGAUGGAACAGUAAAAUGUCAAAGGCUCUUGGUGAGGAAGGGCGUGUCCUUAACAUCGAUGCAGAUGGUGAUGUCAAGGUCAAUGUGGGUGGAGCAUUCUGGACCUUUAACCCGGAAGCACUAAGCCUGGUAGAACAGGGGACGGGGUCAGAGGGCAUCUUUGAGCAGGACAUCAGAAAGUGA